AUGGCCACCAUCCCAGACUGGAAGCUACAGCUGCUAGCCCGGCGACGGCAGGAGGAGGCAGCCCUUCGUGGCCGGGAGAAGGCAGAGCGGGAGCGUCUGUCCCAGAUGCCAGCCUGGAAGCGGGGGCUCCUGGAGCGCCGCCGGGCCAAGCUUGGUCUGUCUCCUGGGGAGCCUAGCCCUACACCUGGGACUACAGAGGCUGGACCUCCAGACCCAGACGAGUCGGCUGUCCUCCUAGAGGCCAUUGGGCCAGUGCACCAGAACCGAUUCAUUCGGCAGGAGCGCCAGCAGCAGCAGCAGCAGCAGCAGCAGCAGCAGCAGCAGCAGCAGCGUAAUGAAGAACUACUUGCAGAAAGAAGGCCCGGGACUUUGGAGGCCAGGGAGCAGAGACCCAGCCCUGGGGAGAUGCGGGAUCAGAGCCCCAAGGGAAGAGAGUCAAGAGAAGAUCGGCUCAGUCCCAGAGAGGCCAGAGAGAAGAGGAUAGGGGGAGCCCGAGAGUCGAGCCCCAGGCCUUCAGAGGCUUGGGACUGGAGGCAGAGCCCAGGAGAGGCUGGAGACAAGAGCUCCAGACUGUCGGAAGCGCGGAAAUGGAGGCUGAGCCCGGGAGAAACUCCAGAGUGGAGUCUGAGACUGGCAGAGCCUGGAGAACAAAGCCCGAGGAGAAAAGAGGUGGUGGAAAGUAGACUGAGCCCAGCAGAGUCUGACAACCAGAAGAUGGGCCUGACAGAGGCCCAUAAAUGGAGGCCCGACUCUGGAGAGUCUCAGGAACAGAGUUUGGUACAACUGGAAAUAUCAGAGUGGAGGCUGAGCUUAGAAAAAAGAAAAGACUGCUCAGAGGAAUGUGGGAGAAAAGAAGACAGGCCAAUUCCAACGCUGGCCUCAGAAGAGAUUACAGAGAUGUCAGAGACCCUGAGUAGGGAGGCUCCAGACAGCAGCUCUGGAGAAGUGGAGGCAGCAGAACAAAGGCGUAGCCCUGUGCAGGAUGGUGAGAGGGGACUGAGGCUGACAGAAGGAUGGAAAUGGACCCUGAAUUCUGGGAAGGUUCGAGAAUGGACACCCAGGGACACAGAGACUCAAAUUCAGAAACCAGUCCCCCCAGAGUCUGCUGAGAAGUAUCUGGGGCCUUUUGGUACAGAGGCUGGAGAAGGCGAGGCUGAGAAGGAGAAGGCGGGGGCUCUGGGCAGGCCUUUGAGAACCCUGCAGAACUGCAGCUCUGUGCCCUCCCCCUUCCCACCAGAGGACGCUGGGACUGGAGGCUCUAGAGGGCAGGAAGAGGAAGCAGUGCAACGCCGGCCCCCACCAGCAGCCCCUCUGUCUCCCCCACCCCCAGCCCCACCUGCCCCCCAGUCCCCUGGGGAUCCCCUCAUGAACCGACUGUUCUAUGGGGUGAAGGCAGGGCCAGGGGUGGGGGCCCCUCGCCGCAGUGGACACACCUUCACAGUCAACCCCCGGCGGUCCCUGCCCCCUGCAGCCCCCACCACUCCUCCCGCCACCCCAGCCACAGCUGAUGUUGCAGUCCCCGGAGCUGGGAAGAAGCGGUACCCAACUGCUGAGGAGAUCUUGGUUCUGGGGGGCUACCUCCGUCUCAGCCGCAGCUGCCUUGUCAAGGGGUCCCCUGAAAGGCAUCACAAACAGCUCAAGAUCUCCUUCAGCGAGACAGCAUUGGAGACCACGUAUCAAUACCCCUCUGAAAGUUCAGUGCUGGAGGAGCUGGGCCCAGAGCCUGAGGCUCCCAGUACCCCCAGCCCCCCAGCGGCCCAACCCGAUGACGAAGAGGAUGAGGAAGAGUUGUUGCUGCUACAACGGGAGCUCCAGGGCGGCCUGCGCACCAAGGCCCUGAUCGUGGAUGAGUCCUGCCGGAGGUGACCCUCUUCCAACAUAGGGUCUAUACCUUCCCCUUUCCCAGAACUGAAGAUCCUGGAGCCCAGAAGAUUGAGAACAGAGAAAACCUGAACAUGAGCUUGGAAGGGAAGGCAACCGACAUCUUCCAACUUGCUUUCCUCAUCCUGUUUAUAGGGGCAGAGCUAGUUACCCAGUUUCUACAUUCACCAAAGGUCUCUGAUGUGAGUGCAUCAGACAUGCUGGUGCACCCUGGGUGAUUCAAGAGUGAGCAUCAAGUCCUGGGGAGGAGCACAGAGGUCAUGGGGGUGAGGGGUUGGGGGAGGGAGAUGAAGCACCUCUUACAUCUCCAUGGACAGAGUACACUCUCCAGCCUUCCUUUACUCCCCACCACCCCUUGAGGGCUCUUGCAAUUUAAACACUCAUCCUGGGCAGCCUGCCCCCAUUCUAUUUACAGGCCCCUCUCCUUCCUGUUCCUUAGGUCACUGCCCCUUUGUUUACAGCUCCUGCCACCUCCCUUGACCACCAGCCUGGUUUACAAACCCCACUAGCUCCCAGCCCUACCUGCCAAAGUCCCAGGUUUACAACCACACCUACAUGUUGAGUCUAUAUGGAAUCCUCUCCCCUGUCCCUGGCAGGUGCCUCAUUGGGGGUGUGGCUUCUUCCACUUUUGCUCAGUCUGUACCUCUGUUUUCCCCAAGAGGAAAGUCUGGGAAUCCUAACCCUAACCUUGUACCCCCAUUUAGUUAUUUAAUUCUGUUCCUCCUAGUGGUUCACAAUUGAAUUGCAAGGGUGUGGAGUGACAAACAAUGCACCUCAACUCUUCUCUCCCAUUUCUCCUUCCUUAUCAACUGCCUGUUUGGGUUUUUUUGUUUGUUUGUU